AUGACCGAUUCAAAAUAUUUUACCACCACCAAGAAGGGUGAGAUUUUCGAAUUAAAAUCGGAGUUGAAUAGUGAUAAAAAAGAGAAGAAAAAAGAAGCAGUUAAAAAGGUUAUAGCUUCAAUGACGGUCGGAAAAGAUGUGUCUGCACUCUUUCCUGAUGUGGUCAAUUGCAUGCAAACUGACAACUUAGAACUAAAGAAAUUGGUGUAUUUAUACUUAAUGAAUUAUGCCAAGUCACAACCUGAUAUGGCAAUAAUGGCAGUGAAUACAUUUGUCAAGGACUGUGAAGAUUCAAAUCCUUUGAUUCGGGCAUUGGCCGUGAGGACCAUGGGAUGCAUCCGGGUGGAUAAAAUCACUGAGUACUUAUGCGAGCCCCUGCGGAAGUGUCUGAAGGAUGAGGAUCCAUACGUCAGGAAGACAGCAGCGGUUUGCGUUGCAAAGUUGUAUGAUAUAUCGUCCAGCAUGGUUGAGGAUCAGGGCUUCCUGGACCAGCUGAAGGAUUUGCUCAGCGACUCCAACCCCAUGGUGGUGGCAAACGCUGUGGCAGCUCUCUCGGAGAUCAACGAAGCCAGUGUCUCUGGGCAACCGCUUGUUGAGAUGAACGCGCCCACCAUCAACAAGCUGCUCACCGCGCUCAACGAGUGCACCGAGUGGGGCCAGGUGUUCAUACUGGACGCCCUCUCCAACUACUCGCCGAAGGACGCGCGCGAGGCACACUCGAUAUGCGAGCGAAUCACUCCCCGGCUGGCGCACGCCAACGCGGCGGUGGUGCUGUCCGCCGUGAAGGUGCUGAUGAAGCUGAUGGAGAUGGUGUCCGAGGACACUGAGCUGGUGAACACCCUGUCCCGGAAGCUGGCACCGCCCUUGGUCACCCUACUCAGCGCCGAGCCCGAGGUGCAGUACGUGGCGCUGAGGAACAUCAAUCUGGUCGUGCAGAAACGUCCCGACAUCCUUAAGCACGAGAUGAAGGUGUUCUUCGUAAAGUACAACGACCCGAUCUACGUGAAGCUGGAGAAACUGGACAUAAUGAUACGGCUCGCGUCGCAGGCGAACAUAGCGCAGGUGCUGGGCGAGCUGAAGGAGUACGCCACCGAGGUAGACGUGGACUUCGUGAGGAAGGCGGUUCGAGCCAUCGGCCGAUGCGCCAUCAAGGUGGAGCCAUCCGCGGAGCGCUGCGUGUCCACUUUGCUCGAGCUUAUCCAGACGAAGGUGAACUACGUGGUGCAGGAGGCGAUCGUGGUGAUAAAGGACAUCUUCCGCAAAUACCCCAACAAGUACGAGAGCAUCAUCAGCACGCUCUGCGAGAACCUCGACACGCUGGACGAGCCCGAAGCCAGGGCGUCCAUGGUCUGGAUAGUUGGCGAGUAUGCGGAGAGAAUUGACAACGCUGACGAGUUACUUGACUCCUUCCUCGAGGGUUUCCACGAUGAGAACGCACAAGUUCAACUGCAGUUGCUGACCGCUGUCGUGAAGCUUUUCCUGAAGAGGCCUGCCGACACUCAAGAGCUGGUGCAACACGUGCUCAGUCUGGCCACUCAAGACUCUGACAACCCUGACUUGAGG